AUGCUCCGACGUGUACAGCUGCUGCGCACACCGUUUAAUGAGCUCACCCUCACUGGAAGUUGCUGGUCCCGCUUUUUUGCAAGGUCAGCGCAGAAGGACCCUGCCGAGUCCCCUUCCGCGCCGGUGCCGUUCAUCACCCUCAUCCCUACCCUCCAUGUGGCAUCGGUGAAGUUUUACGACAAGCUGCUGGAUUACAUGGUGCAGGCGGUGAAGGAGCGGGAUAAUCUCGUCAUUCUGCUGGAGGGGAUAUGUGACACGGAAGAGAGCGAGGUGCAGCAGAUGGAAGAGUAUUUUGCCAUUGCACACAACCAAAAUCUGAAGACGGAAAUGCUGCAAAAGGCAGAUCAGAACACUCUCUACGAUGAGGAGACGAUAAAAACGAUUUGCGAGGAACUUGCUGUGAAUUACGGGGCCCUAGUGAAACUGCAGGCAACAGUGCGGCUGCAGGAGUGUUACCUUAAGCCAAAGAUGGCCGCUCUUGUUGGCUCGCAUCUCCGCAACGACGCGGAUCUCAACAUGAAUGAAGUGGCGGCGAUCCUGGCGGAGAAAGGCAGCAGCGGGAGCGUUUCUGUUCCCUUUAGUCGCCUUGGAGCCGACCCGGCAGUGCGCGGCAGCCGGGAGCGAAAGGUGGCGAAGGCCGCCCAGAUGCGAUGUGUGGAGUGGCUUCAACGGGGAUGCGGGGGCGAGGUGCUGCUGCCUUGGGGAUUCUACCACGCGGAGGGAAUUAGGAAAAAUAUUUUGGCUACAAACUCGCAAGACGAGACGGUUGUGUUUCUGGAGAGCGAUGAUAAGGUAUGCCGCCUGCCGUUUGGAAUCAGCAAGGAGCUCCUGGCUUGA